AUAAGAACACUCUCUCUUCACGACUGUAAAGGGGUUUUUCAUCAUUUUACUCCUUCGCUGGAGAGUAAAACCCUAGAACCGCCAAAGAUCUUAUAUACCGAAAAUCUCUCAGAUACUUCGUGGAUCCAUUGGUUCUAUAGAUAUUGUUGUUCUUCUAGGGUUUGAUUUUGUAGUUUCUUAUUAGGGUGUGAAGAAAUGUGGAACAACGGGCAGAUGCCCCCUAUUGCUCCACCGGGAACUGGUGGUCCAUCAGUACCUCAUCCUCAGAUAACACAACCGUCUUAUACUGUGCUUCCUUCUCCAGCUGAGGCGGAAGCUCUAUUGGAAGAGAAGGCCAGGAAAUGGAUGCAGCUAAAUUCUAAGCGAUAUGGUGAUAAGCGGAAAUUUGGAUUUGUUGAGGCGCAGAAGGAGGAUAUGCCUCCUGAACACGUUAGGAAGAUCAUCAGGGAUCAUGGUGAUAUGUCGUCGAAAAAGUUUCGACAUGAUAAACGUGUAUAUUUAGGAGCUCUAAAGUUUGUUCCUCACGCAGUCUAUAAGUUGCUUGAAAACAUGCCGAUGCCAUGGGAACAGGUCCGUGAUGUCAAGGUUCUAUACCAUAUUACUGGGGCCAUCACAUUCGUAAAUGAGAUACCUUGGGUUGUGGAACCUAUUUAUUUAGCUCAGUGGGGAUCUAUGUGGAUCAUGAUGAGAAGAGAAAAAAGGGAUCGUCGACAUUUCAAGAGAAUGAGAUUCCCUCCUUUCGAUGAUGAAGAGCCGCCACUGGACUAUGCUGAUAAUCUUUUGGAUGUGGAUCCUUUGGAACCCAUCCAGUUAGAGUUGGAUGAGGAGGAAGAUUCAGCUGUCUAUACCUGGUUUUAUGACCAUAAACCUCUGGUGAAGACUAAACUUAUAAAUGGUCCUAGUUACAGGAAAUGGCAUCUUUCCCUUCCUAUCAUGGCCACACUCCAUAGACUGGCUGGCCAGCUCCUCUCUGACUUAAUAGAUCGUAACUAUUAUUACCUGUUCGACAUGGAAUCGUUCUUUACAGCUAAAGCUCUGAACAUGUGCAUACCUGGUGGUCCUAAGUUUGAACCACUUUUCCGUGACAUGGAGAAAGGUGAUGAAGAUUGGAAUGAGUUCAAUGACAUUAACAAACUUAUUAUUCGGUCACCACUCAGGACAGAAUAUAGAGUAGCAUUCCCUCAUCUGUAUAACAAUAGGCCCAGAAAGGUAAAGCUUGGGGUUUAUCAUACUCCAAUGAUCAUGUACAUAAAAACUGAGGAUCCUGAUCUACCAGCAUUUUACUAUGAUCCUUUGAUACACCCUAUAACGUCAGCCAACAAGGAUCGCCGUGAAAAGAAAAUCAGCGAAGCAGAUGAAGAUGAUGAUUUUCAGUUGCCUGAUGGGGUAGAACCUCUGCUGACUGAGACUCCUUUGUAUACCGACACUACGGCUGCUGGAAUAUCACUCUUGCUUGCUCCACGUCCAUUUAACAUGAGAUCUGGUCGUAUGCGACGUGCUGAAGAUAUACCACUUGUAUCUGAGUGGUUCAAGGAACACUGUCCUCCAUCAUACCCUGUUAAAGUGCGAGUGAGCUAUCAGAAGCUGUUGAAAUGCUUUGUGUUGAACGAACUUCAUCACCGUCCACCCAAGGCUCAGAAGAAAAAGCACUUGUUCAAAUCACUUGCUGCUACCAAAUUUUUCCAAACUACUGAACUUGACUGGGUUGAGGCUGGCCUUCAAGUGUGUAAGCAAGGAUACAACAUGCUUAAUCUGUUGAUACACAGGAAAAAUCUGAAUUACCUUCAUCUUGAUUAUAACUUCAACUUGAAACCUGUUAAAACACUUACCACAAAGGAACGUAAGAAGUCAAGGUUUGGUAAUGCCUUCCAUCUCUGUCGUGAGAUCUUGCGUCUGACAAAGCUAGUUGUAGAUGCCAAUGUACAAUACCGUUUGGGAAAUGUGGAUGCGUUUCAAUUAGCAGAUGGUUUACAAUAUACAUUUUCACAUGUUGGCCAGUUGACAGGAAUGUAUCGUUACAAGUACAGGCUUAUGCGUCAGAUACGCAUGUGCAAAGAUUUGAAGCACUUGAUUUACUACCGAUUUAAUACUGGGCCAGUGGGUAAAGGUCCUGGUUGUGGAUUCUGGGCACCAAUGUGGAGAGUGUGGUUGUUCUUCCUUAGAGGUAUUGUGCCUUUGCUGGAAAGGUGGCUGGGUAACUUGCUUGCACGGCAAUUUGAAGGGAGACACUCAAAAGGUGUGGCCAAGACGGUAACCAAGCAACGUGUUGAAAGUCACUUCGACCUGGAGCUCCGUGCAGCUGUGAUGCAUGAUGUCCUUGAUGCAAUGCCAGAGGGCAUUAAGCAGAAUAAAGCUAGAACGAUUUUGCAGCAUUUAAGUGAGGCAUGGCGCUGCUGGAAAGCAAAUAUUCCUUGGAAGGUCCCUGGGUUGCCAGUUCCAAUUGAGAAUAUGAUUCUUCGAUACGUCAAAUCUAAAGCUGAUUGGUGGACAAAUGUUGCUCAUUAUAACCGUGAACGUAUAAGACGUGGUGCAACAGUUGACAAGACUGUUUGCCGUAAGAAUUUGGGAAGGCUGACUCGUCUUUGGCUGAAGGCAGAGCAGGAACGUCAGCAUAAUUAUUUAAAAGAUGGCCCUUAUGUGACACCCGAAGAAGCAGUUGCCAUCUACAGUACUACAGUCCAUUGGUUAGAAUCAAGAAAAUUCUCUCCUAUUCCGUUCCCUCCUCUAUCUUACAAGCAUGACACAAAGCUUCUUAUCCUUGCUCUGGAGAGAUUGAAGGAAUCUUAUAGUGUUGCUGUGAGGUUAAAUCAACUGCAGAGAGAAGAGUUGGGUCUGAUUGAACAAGCCUAUGACAAUCCACAUGAGGCAUUGUCAAGGAUCAAGAGACACUUGCUUACGCAGCGUGCGUUCAAAGAAGUUGGCAUUGAGUUCAUGGAUUUGUACAGCUAUCUAAUACCAGUUUAUGAGAUUGAGCCUCUUGAGAAAAUAACUGAUGCAUAUCUUGAUCAGUAUCUCUGGUAUGAAGGUGACAAGCGCCAUCUUUUUCCCAAUUGGAUAAAGCCGGCUGAUUCAGAACCACCACCAUUGUUGGUCUAUAAGUGGUGUCAAGGUAUUAAUAAUCUACAAGGUGUAUGGGACACUGGUGACGGUCAGUGUGUAGUUAUGCUUCAGACUAAGUUUGAGAAGUUCUUUGAGAAAAUUGAUUUAACCAUGUUGAACAGGCUUUUACGGCUUGUCCUUGACCACAACAUUGCUGAUUAUGUCACUGCAAAGAAUAAUGUUGUGCUAUCCUACAAGGACAUGAGUCACACUAACUCAUAUGGGCUAAUUCGUGGUCUCCAGUUUGCCUCCUUUGUUGUGCAGUAUUAUGGGCUUGUAUUAGAUCUUUUGCUUCUGGGUUUAACACGGGCUAGUGAAAUUGCUGGUCCUCCCCAAAUGCCAAAUGAAUUCAUAACCUAUUGGGACACCAAAGUAGAAACCCGACAUCCUAUACGGCUUUAUUCCAGGUAUAUUGAGAAGGUGCAUAUCUUGUUUCGCUUUACCCAUGAAGAAGCUCGUGAUCUCAUUCAGCGGUACCUUACUGAACAUCCUGAUCCAAACAAUGAAAAUAUGGUUGGCUACAACAAUAAGAAAUGCUGGCCACGGGAUGCAAGAAUGAGGUUAAUGAAGCAUGAUGUUAACCUAGGGAGGAGUGUGUUCUGGGACAUGAAGAAUCGUCUUCCUAGAAGUAUCACUACAUUGGAAUGGGAGAAUGGAUUUGUUUCUGUUUACAGCAAAGAUAAUCCAAAUCUACUUUUUAGCAUGUGUGGCUUUGAAGUUCGUAUACUUCCAAAGAUUAGAAUGACCCAAGAGGCAUUCAGCAACGUAAAAGAUGGUGUUUGGAAUCUGCAAAAUGAACAAACUAAAGAACGAACUGCUGUUGCAUUUUUAAGGGUUGAUGAUGAACACCUGAAGGUGUUUGAGAAUCGCGCAAGGCAGAUUCUAAUGUCUUCAGGUUCAACCACAUUCACAAAAAUCGUCAACAAGUGGAAUACUGCUCUCAUUGGUUUAAUGACCUACUUCCGUGAAGCCACUGUACAUACACAAGAGCUACUAGAUCUGCUGGUGAAGUGUGAGAACAAAAUUCAAACCCGUAUCAAGAUCGGAUUAAACUCAAAGAUGCCUAGCAGGUUCCCCCCUGUCAUCUUUUAUACUCCAAAGGAAAUUGGAGGCCUUGGCAUGUUAUCAAUGGGACACAUAUUGAUUCCUCAGAGUGAUCUUCGUUACAGUCAGCAAACAGAUGUUGGUGUGACUCAUUUUAGAAGUGGUAUGAGUCAUGAGGAGGACCAGUUGAUUCCAAACCUUUAUCGUUACAUACAGCCAUGGGAAAGCGAGUUCAUUGAUUCUCAGAGAGUUUGGGCAGAAUAUGCUUUGAAGAGACAAGAAGCUCAAUCACAAAAUAGGCGUUUAACCCUUGAGGAUUUGGAGGAUUCUUGGGAUCGUGGGAUACCAAGGAUUAACACAUUGUUUCAGAAGGAUCGUCACACCCUUGCAUAUGACAAAGGGUGGAGAGUUCGUACAGAUUUUAAACAGUACCAAGUUUUGAAGCAAAAUCCUUUUUGGUGGACUCAUCAAAGACAUGAUGGAAAGUUGUGGAACUUGAAUAAUUAUAGAACUGAUGUCAUCCAAGCACUUGGAGGUGUUGAAGGAAUACUUGAGCACACACUAUUCAAGGGAACUUACUUCCCUACAUGGGAGGGUCUCUUCUGGGAAAAGGCUUCUGGAUUUGAGGAGUCUAUGAAAUACAAGAAGCUAACUAAUGCACAAAGAUCUGGUCUCAAUCAGAUUCCAAACCGUAGAUUCACCCUUUGGUGGUCACCUACCAUAAAUAGAGCAAAUGUCUAUGUUGGUUUCCAAGUGCAGCUAGAUUUGACUGGUAUAUUCAUGCACGGAAAGAUACCGACCCUUAAGAUCUCACUCAUUCAGAUAUUCCGUGCUCACUUGUGGCAGAAGAUUCAUGAGAGUGUGGUUAUGGAUCUCUGUCAAGUACUCGAUCAGGAGUUGGAUGCUUUAGAAAUAGAAACUGUCCAGAAGGAAACAAUCCAUCCAAGGAAGAGUUACAAAAUGAAUAGUUCAUGUGCUGAUGUUCUUCUAUUUGCUGCACAUAGAUGGCCCAUGUCAAAACCUAGUCUGGUGGCCGAAUCAAAGGAUGUUUUUGAUCAGAAAGCAAGCAAUAAAUACUGGAUAGAUGUACAGCUCCGUUGGGGAGAUUAUGACUCUCAUGAUAUUGAGCGGUACACCAGAGCCAAAUUUAUGGAUUAUACCACGGAUAAUAUGUCUAUCUAUCCCUCUCCAACGGGUGUGAUGAUUGGUCUUGAUCUUGCUUAUAACUUGCAUUCUGCAUUCGGAAACUGGUUUCCAGGUUCAAAGCCACUGCUUGCUCAGGCCAUGAACAAGAUCAUGAAGUCUAAUCCAGCACUUUAUGUGUUGAGGGAGCGCAUAAGGAAAGGAUUGCAGUUGUAUUCUUCUGAGCCAACAGAGCCAUACCUGUCAUCUCAGAAUUAUGGAGAGAUAUUCAACAAUCAAAUUAUCUGGUUUGUUGACGACACAAAUGUGUAUCGUGUCACAAUUCAUAAGACGUUCGAGGGAAAUCUGACUACGAAGCCAAUUAAUGGGGCCAUCUUCAUAUUCAAUCCAAGAACGGGCCAGUUGUUUUUGAAGGUCAUUCACACAAGUGUUUGGGCAGGGCAAAAGCGUUUGGGUCAGCUAGCCAAAUGGAAAACUGCAGAAGAAGUUGCUGCCCUUGUGCGGUCCUUGCCUGUUGAAGAACAACCUAAACAAAUCGUUGUCACCCGUAAAGGAAUGCUUGAUCCUUUGGAAGUCCAUCUUCUCGAUUUUCCCAAUAUUGUCAUCAAAGGAAGUGAGCUCCAACUUCCUUUCCAAGCAUGCUUAAAGAUUGAGAAGUUUGGUGACCUCAUUUUAAAGGCUAAUGAGCCACAAAUGGUGUUGUUUAACAUUUAUGAUGAUUGGUUGAAAAGCAUUUCAUCCUACACGGCCUUCUCCAGACUUAUUUUGAUCUUACGUGCUCUUCACGUCAACAAUGAGAAGGCAAAGAUGUUACUGAAGCCUGAUAAAACAAUAGUCACUGAGCCCCAUCACAUCUGGCCUAAUCUUACAGAUGAUCAGUGGAUGAAGGUUGAAGUUGCACUAAGGGAUCUUAUACUCUCUGAUUACGCGAAGAAGAACAAUGUUAACACAUCUGCAUUGACCCAAUCUGAAAUUCGUGAUAUAAUACUUGGAGCUGAGAUCACUCCUCCUUCUCAACAAAGGCAGCAGAUUGCAGAGAUUGAGAAACAGGCGAAAGAAGCUAGUCAGUUGACAGCUGUAACGACCAAAACAACAAAUGUCCACGGUGAUGAACUCAUUGUUACUACUACAAGUCCAUAUGAACAAGCUGCAUUUGGAUCUAAAACUGACUGGCGUGUAAGAGCAAUUUCUGCUACCAACCUUUACCUACGAGUCAACCACAUUUAUGUCAAUUCUGAGGAUAUUAAGGAAACGGGAUACACAUACAUCAUGCCAAAGAAUAUUUUGAAGAAGUUCAUAUGUGUUGCGGAUCUGCGAACACAAAUCUCUGGCUAUUUAUACGGAGUAAGUCCUCCGGACAAUCCCCAGGUUAAGGAAAUCCGAUGCAUUGCCAUGCCUCCUCAAUGGGGUACUCAUCAGCAAGUGAAUCUCCCGUCUUCUCUUCCCGAGCACGAUUUCUUGAAUGAGUUGGAGCCACUUGGAUGGAUGCACACACAACCCAAUGAGCUUCCUCAACUUUCUCCACAGGAUUUAACUUCCCAUGCUCGUAUACUUGAGAACAACAAACAUUGGGAGGGAGAGAGGUGUAUUAUUCUGACUUGCAGCUUUACGCCUGGUUCUUGCUCAUUGACUGCUUACAAGCUUACUCCUACCGGGUAUGAAUGGGGGCGUGCUAAUAAAGAUUCUGGCAGUAACCCUCAUGGCUACUUGCCUACUCAUUACGAGAAAGUCCAAAUGCUUCUUAGCGAUCGGUUCCUUGGCUUCUACAUGGUUCCUGAUAACGGGCCGUGGAAUUACAAUUUCAUGGGGGUGAAGCAUACGGUUAGCAUGAAGUACGGAGUGAAACUGGGAACUCCGAGAGAAUAUUACCAUGAAGACCACCGUCCCACUCAUUACCUCGAGUUCAGUAACUUGGAAGAAGGAGAAACUACGGCCGAGGCAGACAGGGAGGACGCUUUCACUUAACUGAAAAAGUAAAGGUCCGUUACUUCAACUGCCAAAUUUCCCCAACCUUUAGACAUUGAGAUUUCUAUUACAGUUGUCCAGAAACAGAGGAACACUGAACUGUGUAUUGUUCUUUUCGAGUAAAACCAAGUUUGUUGUAGUAGUAGUGUUCAAUGCAUGUAACCGUUUUUGUGUAAAUACGAUUACGGAGGAACAAAACCAUGUUUUUGAUAUAUUUGAUUUUUAAACUUUGAGUUAAGUUGUUUA